AGUGGUAUUUUAUGACCAUUUAUGGAUCCAUUCUGUGCAUGACCACUGCUAUAGCAUACAAAUCAAAUGAACUUUGAACACUUGUUGUUCAUCGAUAUUCAAACCACCAUCAACCACACACACAGAGGCAUUCUUGAGAACGCCCAUCACAACCACCAUGAUUGAUUUGAUCGAUCGAUUUCGAUAAAAAAAACUGUGGUGUGAGCAACAUUGCACAGGUUUCAUUCGAAAGAAUUCAUUCAACUUUUUUUUUACUUUUACUUUUGUUUCAAUCAAUCAUGAAUGAAAUUAUUCGAUGAUAAUGGAUCAUCGAAUAUUACUGCCAUUGUGGAUAUUUUUUAUCGUAUCAUUCAUCGUUUCAUCAAUAGCCAUCACUUUUGAAACGAUUGAUGAAUACAAUCCGAUAAUAACAACAGAUUCGACAAUUAAUGUAAAUCAUCAACAACAUCAUGGCUAUGUAAGCGAUCAAUGUGAUUGGUCUGGAUCGAAAUCAUCAUUAUUGUCGACAUUAGAUGAUAAUAAUAAUGGUAAACGUUUAGUAAUGCCAAUAUAUCUUCGUUGUUCACGUGGCCAGAUUAAAUGGUUCUAUCCAACUGGUGGUUUACGUGUUGUAUUGAAAUUGGGCACUGAUGAUAGUCGUGAUUUUCGUGGAUGUAUUCGUAUUGCUCAGAAUACUAGCCGUAAUGUUCGUAUUUAUAUUGAAGGUAAAAGACAAUUAUUACAAAUUUUUGCCGCCGAUGAUGGUCAACAUCCUGAUCGUUUCCGUUGUUUUGUUUCUGUCAAUCAUUUUAUUGCCUUAUUCAUUGAUUCAUCAAUCAUUGAUUCAAAUAUAUCGAUCAAAUAUGCCAAUGAUCCUGUGAUUUUUCAAUAUGAUCUCGAGGAAAUUGUUUCCUCUUCGUCAUCAUCAUCAUCAUCGUCAAAUCAAUCAAUCAUAGAUGAUAAUGAUGAUGAUCCACAAUGUAUAACGGCCAAAACCGAACAAUGUUCAGAUGAUAAAAUUUUGGAUUCAUAUUGUCGUGCUGAUUUUGUAUUGACUGGUCGUAUUAUUUACUAUCAUGAACGAAUCGAUUUAAAUCUAAUGGAAUAUCGUAUUCAACCAUUCUAUAUUCAUCGUAUACCAUAUGGCCAAAAUAAUACAAUAAUUCUUAGUGAUAUGGAUACAAAUUCAACACAACAAACCUUGAUAUUAAAUCGUCCAAUCUGUUCAAAUCGAUCAAUGUUGAUGUUUGAUAAUAUUCGUCAAUUGUUCACUGGGAAACAAAUUCUAGGCAAAUAUUUUAUCGAAUGUUCAAUCGGUUUAGAUCAAUGGAAACGAUUAACAAAUCGUGCACGACAUGAUCGAACAAUUAAAUGUGCCAUAUGAAAUUGAAUGAAAAUCGAUUAUUUCUGUGCAAUUCGAAUCGAAUCGAAUCGUCCAUCACCAAACAACAA